CUUAAGUGCCUGCCAUGAAUAAUACUGCACAAUAGCAGCAGUACAGUAUCCGCACUCCUCUGAUUCUAUCAUAUGGCACGGCAUUCAUACCGAAAAUCGCCAAUGACCAUAUCGCUCCUCUAAAUUCGUGGCUACGGCAUCAUAGCUUCCCAGAGCUUUCGGCAGCUCGAACUCCCACCUUCUCAGGUUUAGCCUCGUCCCUGGACGUCUGGUCAUGUCGGGGACUACGGAGAAGAAGAAGGCCAGUGCGGUCCGCUCAAUCAUUGCCGGUGCUCUGGCAGGCGCGACCGAAAUUGCAAUCACAUACCCUGCCGAGUUUGCAAAGACUCGAACACAAUUGAACCGACAACUUCCAGACGGGAAAAAGCUUCCUUGGCCUCCUUUUGGUUCACAAUGGUAUGCGGGCUGUACGACACUUAUAAUCGGAAACUCAAUCAAGGCUGGAGUACGGUUUGUGGCGUUUGACACAUAUAAAGGCCUACUGGCGGAUGCAGACGGGAAUGUUUCAGCGCCAGGGAACGUGAUUGCAGGCUUUGGUGCAGGUGCUACUGAAAGUCUGCUCGCAGUGACACCAUUCGAAAGUAUCAAGACCCAGCUUAUUGACGAUCGCAAGAGUGGGAACCCGCGUAUGAGAGGAUUUCUACAUGGAAGUAGACUAAUUGCGCAAGAGAAGGGUCUGCGAGGUUUCUUCCAGGGCUUCGUACCGACUACAGCAAGACAAGCUGCAAACAGUGCGGUUAGAUUUAGCAGUUAUACCAGUAUAAAGCAAUUGGCACAAGCAUACGUCGCACCUGGAGAGAAGCUAGGUGCCGUCAGUACUUUCGCCAUUGGAGGUUUAGCAGGCACAAUCACUGUCUAUACGACAAUGCCAAUCGACACGGUGAAGACAAGGAUGCAAUCAAUUCAGGCAAAGCAAGAGUACAAAAACAGCUUUGCAUGCGCCGCCAGGAUAUUCAAAGAGGAGGGCAUCAUGACCUUCUGGUCUGGAGCUCUGCCUCGUUUAGCUAGACUAGUACUAAGUGGUGGUAUAGUCUUUACGAUGUACGAAAAAACGAUGGAUCUCAUGGAUAAGGCGGAUCCUGAGGGCAAAUUCAUAUGAUUACGCUCUCGAAAAGGUCUACUGUAGGGACUGAAGCAAAUAGGAUCCAGAUAGAUUGCUCUGAGGAUAUUCGUGCUGGUCCUGAGUACGAAGGGCGAACUCGUAGGAAGUAGCUGGUACCAAUAUGGACUGGCUAGUCACGCGAGCUGUAGAUGCGUAACGCCACAGAAGAUACCCUCAAAGUUUCUAUGAUUGUAGGUAAAGAAUACAUGUAAAGAAGGAUAGAACUAUCAAUAGAAGGUAACAGACAUGCAGUGUGGUUGUGGGCCCGGUGGUGGCCUCCAUGAAAUGCCCACAGUUUCAAAUGCAAAACUCAU